AUGACGGCGGCAGUCCUACGCAGUUCGCCAAACCUCACGGUUCCUCAAACCCAGAACACUGCUCCUGUCUAUGAAUUCAACUGCCUCUAUACCCAUGACCUAAGGCGAAAGCAAAAAAGAUGGCAAGAUGGCUUUUUACGCUACCACACUUUCAACAAGCGUGUCAUGGUCUACGAUGUUCCUAGAAAUUUCCUCGGCGACCUUCACUGGACCAGCGGCGAUGACCUUCAAGAGGGCGAUGAGAUGAUCCUUGAGAAAGGCGGAAUCAUGGUCCAGGUUUCUGAGAGGAUAGGCACUAUACAGACCGACCUCUCGGACCUGCUGCAGCGAAAGGACAAGACUCCGGCUAAAAACCCUGCCUCGUUAAAAACAUUGGUGGGUAAUAGACCACCACAUGCCGCGGCUGCUGCUCCAUCUUUCACGCCUAGGACUCCCCAUACUGCUUCGAUAACACCUAUGAAGCAUAAAUCGCUUAACACUCUGCUCGGAAGGUCACGACGCCCGAUAGGAAAGGCGUCUCUUCCUACAGAGUCCCCCUAUGAAGCACGAAUCAGGGAUCUGCAGGCUGCCGAAGCUCAAGAUCAGAGAGAGCGUAAACGACAGAGGCUUGAUCAUUCAACCCAGACAACGCCCAUGGCGGCAAAGCAACAUAGUCACGCCCCUGCCCAGAAGCGAGCGAAUCCUGUCCCUCACUUGAAUCAAGGAUGCGAAGUCAUUGAUCUUUCCUCUGAUACUGAGGACAUUUCGGCAGCGCAGGCGGCGAGCCGUGCUCUCGACGCCGAGUUGUUGGCGACAUCUUCUCCUGCUCGUCUACUCGAAAGCCCCGCCCACCGCCAAGUACAUCCUGACCACUUCCGCCCCAUCGAUAGACGACCGACAGCAGCAAAGUCAGCUGCUGUUGAAUCUCCUUCUGCCAGAGUAUCAGAUCGGGCGACGCAUGUCGAUUCUCCCGCACCUAAUUCUGCCCGGCCCAGGAAGGAGGUUAGUGUUCCACGAGAGGCAACAAAUAAAGCCGCCGAAGUGCCUGUCGAUGAGCCUUCAAGAAGUGGCUUCUUUGUGGCCGAGUCUGAACCCCAAGCGCGAGGAAAGUCUCUGAAGCUUAUUGGCGGAGCCCCUCGAAAGAUGCUACUCUUCCAGUCACAAAACUCACGCCCGUCAAGCUCCGAGGUGGGGACUGAAGGUGCUCUGCGUGGCAAGGCUCAAGGUCCGAGACAAGAGACUAGCAUCGGUCCAGCCAAGGAUCCGGUGAGAGCUGAUGUUACACAACCGACAAGACAACCUGAUCUCGAACAAGCUCCCGAAGACUCAGUCUUUCAACGACGUAUUCAAGACAGAAUUGCACGGAUUGAGAAGAAAAAGAAGAAACCUGUCUUACAAAGAAGUUCUUCAGACGUGACUGAGCAACGUCCUGUCGUGGAGAAAGCUGCAAACAAUACUGGCUUACGAAAGACCACUUCUGCUGUCGUGUCUCCACUGGACUCACCUGAGGACCCCUCACUGAACGAUUUCCAAUUUGCAGAUAUUACCCCUCUGGACUUCGACGAUCCCAUCAUUGAUGACUCUGUCGCCCAGCCGCCCAUACGACCAAAUAAAGAGCCUGUUGGGAAAACUCAAAGAUCAGCAGGCAGAGGGGCCGGUAUGACUACUGCAAGAUCAUUCAAGCCUCUGACUGUCAAAGCAGCCCCUGUGCUAGCCACAAAAGCUGCUAAACCCUUAGUAGUGGAACAGAAAAAGAAUGAAGACAUCGGACCAUGGAGUAAAGAGGCAUUUGACCUCAUGGAUUGGCGACCACCGAACAUGCAGACCAAGAUCAGCGGGACAGCAUGA